CGUGAGGCAAUUGGGACUUUGUUGGCGGAAAUAGUAGCUGGGUGAAUAAUAGCUAAGUAGAAGAACAUUGAAAGAAGAUUAUUUGGGACAUAUUUUAGAGGCAUGCAGUUCUUUGGACGACUUGUCCAUACUCUGAACAAUGUCACCCACUUGUUCUCAAACCCUUACCGGGUAAAGGAGGUAUCUCUAGCAGAGUAUACAUCUCAAAACCAGGUUAAACAAGAAGAUAGGUUAGUCCUGUAUGAAAACAGUUCAGCUCGAUCGUGGGACUGUCUGCUCAUUAACCCUCAGAAUCAAACUUCUGCCUUCCGGCUUUUUCAAGUUAACAGUGAAGCAAAUGCAACGGAAUAUUUUGAUCUGUACACGAAGCAGCUGCGUCCCUUCUAUGAGAGCUGUCACAAUCCUUUGCCUCUGGAAACUUUGCAGCACCUCACAGACUGUUUUCGAAGUCACCGCAAUUGGUCACUAGCACACAUAGCUGUAGAGACUGGACUUCUGGGAAGCUUCCGACACAAUCUCAUUCUGAGCUGCAUAAAUAGCAACAGUUCUGACAAUGAAUGCACCCCACUUCACUUAGCCUGCCAAAAAGGUGACCUUGAAUGUCUGAAGGAGCUGAUGGAGGAAUGCCAAGCCCGUCUUGAUCUUACAGACAAAAAUGGAGAAACUGUCUUCCACUAUGCUGUUCGAGGGAGCAACCCAAAGAUUAUAGAGCUCCUGGGCAAGAAAUCAACUGCUGCUUUGGACCAUCUGAAUGAUGAGGGGCAGAGCCCAUUGCACCUGGCCUGCCAGCUGGGCAAAGAAGAUGCAGUCUUCUCUCUUCUUAAGGUUCAUGCGAAGUACAAUACCUUGGGAGCACUGGGCUAUCCCAUCCACACUGCUAUGAAGCAUUCUCAGAAAAGAUGUGCAGAAAUCCUUCUUGAUAAAGAAAUCAGCCAGAUUCAGUUUCUGGACCCACGAUAUGGUGCUACACCCCUCCAUUGGGCCAGAAAUGCAGAGAUGACCCGGUUGCUUAUUGAGUUUGGCUGUGAAGUGAACACCCUCAGCGCAACAGGCGAAUCAGCCCUUCAUAUUGCUGUGCGGCGUGGGCGUUUUGAUUGCACAAUGGUUUUGUUGACACACGGAGCUAUGCCCAACACUAAGGGGAAGGAUGGCAACACACCACUUCACCUGGCCAUGCAGCAAGACCACAUAGAAAUGAUCAAGGCUCUUAUUGUGUUUGGAGCAGAUGUGGAUAUCCCCAAUGAUUUAGGGGAGACACCUGGGUUGGUGGCAGCCAGGACAAGCAAAGGUGCCAACCGGAAGGUUCUUUUAGAUCUGCUGAAAAUUAUAGGGAUUGAACGCUGCCAUCCACCUGGCAUAUCUACCUCAUCAUCAUCCACUUCCACCUUCCCAGAAAGAUCACCAGACCCACGGAAUUCUGGCCUAGAAUUCCAAGACAUCAUCCAUGUUUCAGCAGCCCUUGGAAAUUUGCUGAAGAAACCAGAUGUGGUGGAUUCUGCCCCUGAGAAGAGCAGAAACCAGAACCGCCUCCUGAGUCUGGACGGUGGGGGUGUCCGGGGCAUUGCGCUCAUCCAGUUUCUCAUUGCUAUAGAGAAAGCUGCAGGACGUCCCAUCAGAGAGCUCUUUGACUGGGUGGCGGGGACUAGUACAGGGGGAAUUCUGGCCCUGUCUAUUGUGCAUGAGAAGCCCAUGGACUACAUGCGCUGUGUGUAUUUUCGCAUGAAAGAUGAGGUCUUUCGAGGGUCGCGGCCCUAUGAAUCUGAGCCUCUUGAGAAUUUCCUGAAGAAGGAGUUUGGAGAGCAUACCAAAAUGACAGAUAUCAAGAGUCCCAAGGUCAUGUUGACAGCAACACUGUGUGACCGACAACCUGCUGAGCUCCACUUGUUCAGGAAUUACAGUCCUCCAGAAGGAAGAAAUAAAUCCCGUUUCAGGACGAUAGGCUUAUUUCAGCCAAUGACCAAGCCAGAAGACCAAUUGGUUUGGCAGGCUGCCCGUUCCAGUGGAGCUGCUCCAACGUAUUUUCGGCCCAUAGGACGGUUUCUAGAUGGAGGGCUGCUGGCCAACAACCCCACUUUGGAUGCUAUAACUGAGAUCAAUGAAUACAAUAAAUCUUUAAUCCAGAAAGAUCAAGGUGACAAGGUGAAGAAGUUGGGAGUUGUUGUCUCUCUCGGAACUGGCAGAGCACCAAAACUCCCUGUGAGCUCUGUGGAUGUCUUUCGUCCCUCUAACCCUUGGGAAUUGGCCAAGACUGUCUAUGGGGCUAAAGAACUAGGCAGACUGGUGGUGGACUGUUGCACAGAUGCAGAUGGACCAUGUGUUGACCGUGCAGCAGCCUGGUGUGAGAUGAUAGAUGCCCACUAUUUCAGAUUCAACCCACCUUUGGAGACAGACAUAAUGCUGGAUGAGGUGAGCAAUACAGUCCUGGUAAACAUGCUCUGGGAAACUCAGAUCUACAUUUAUCAACACUGGGAUAAAUUUGAGCAGUUGGUAGAGCUCCUAAUUCAAUAAAGUUUUUGUAAAGAUUUUUGGUACAAAUAAUGCCUGCCUUGAGCUGCAGCUUGGAUUAUCCACAAGAAGUAGCAGGUUCUGUUGGCCGGCGACUUGCCCCUUGUCCAUGUACCAGAAAAUCAAGUGGAAGAAUUUGAGGAUUGCUCCCAUCAAAACAUCCUUCAGCUGUUCUAUAUCCUGUGUCCCACCCCCACCCCAAUGUGCUGGUGCACCAGUAACCUUAAAAGAUUUAGUAAAUUUCAGUUUGCUUGUUGAACAGAGUUGGACUGUUUCUGCUCCUGCCUGGAAUCUAAGACUAGUUGAAUGCUGUGGUUUAAUUACUGUACCUUUGUAUCUAAGGGUAUACAUGAGGACUUGAGUAUUUUAAAUUGCUUUUUUCUCCCUGUUUACAAGUCAUGUCCUGAAUUUCUGCUAUGUGGAAGCUGGAGAUUUUUUUUUCCAUUUGAGAAAACCUACUAUUUAUUUCAACAUUAUUGGUAGUAGGCAAGCUCCUUUGCUCAUUCUAGACCAAAGCUCUUCCUAAAUACUUGUUUCCUUACUUCAGACUCCCUGACUUUUCCCACCCCUGAAGGAGUCAUUUUGCUAUGAGUGGCACAAAGGAGUCCUGGAAGAAUGGAGGACAGGUGUGUUUCCUCAUAGGAGGCAGGGUCUCACAGCCUUUGACAGUUAGUCUUCCCAAACAAAGACAUUUCUGAAUAAGGAUGAAAAAUGUCAGUAUAGGAUUAAACUAAGUUUGUAAGACCUUUGAUUGACAAAGUCAAUCAUCAGGCACAUGUUUUCAUGGUCAGUUUUUCUGUUUCCUUACACUCUCCCUUGUUGCAUUAAUUUUUCUUCCCACGAACACUAUUUUUAUUGUUUUGUUUUGUUUAGGCAACAAAUUUAAGGUGUUGCUGUUUAACAAAAAUGUACUGUUUUUCCAAGUUUUAACUGACUUAAUAGGAUGUACUGGAAUUGUUGAAAAAUAUCCCAAUAAAGUGAAACUAACAGGAAAUACCCCAUUUCCCCAUUGUUUUCAUAAGCUAUUUCAAAUUCAGAUGAAAAUUAUGUUGAUGUUAAAAACUCCACAUUUUUUUUCAAAACUGAGUAUUAAAUAAAAGCACUAUUUUCUGAAA